UUGAAGGAGCGAUGAGGAGAAGGCAGCCGUCGCCGUCUGAGAUGCAGUAACGCGCGUUUGUUUUCUACUGGGAUCAUAUUUGUAUAUUUCUCGGGGAAACAAACAAUACGUUGCGGAUUUAGCAUAUCCAUCAAUCGGAUGCAAGCAGAGCCAGGCCCAACUUAACAAUGGGCCCAAUACCCCUGUGUGUCCUGCUCCCAGUGACGGUGCUAGCUGUGGUGGUGGCUGUUGCUGCUGUGGAGAAUGCAGCGGAUGAUGAGUAUACCUGGCCACAGUGGAAGGUACCUCUGGUAAGAAAAAGACGUACUGUGCCUCUCAGCAGCCCAAACUUCUCAGCCCGUCCUCAGUCGGAGCUGAGUGGGACCUGUGGGAUUGAGUGUCAGCGUCGCCUCCCUGCCACCUCUCUGGAGGACCUGGAGCAGUUCCUGUCCUACGAGACGGUUUAUGAGAAUGGUACACGCACGUAUACCUCGGUUUCUGUGCAGGGCCUCAAUGAGGUCACUGCCUGGUCCAGAAACGUCUCGUCUGGCUCCCGCCACAAACGAGAGGUGUAUGGCACAGAUACCCGCUUCACCAUCUCUGAUAAGCAGUUCUCCACCAAAUAUCCCUUCUCCACCUCUGUGAAGAUCUCCACAGGAUGCUCUGGGGUUCUUGUGUCACCUAAACAUGUGCUGACCGCUGCCCACUGCAUCCAUGAUGGGAAGGAUUAUCUCGAGGGGGUGCAGAAGCUGCGUGUUGGUAUUCUGAAGGAGAAGUCCAGACGAGGGAAAGGAGGUAAAGGGAGAGGAGGUCGAGGGAAGGGAAGAAGGAGAAAGGGAGACAAAGACAAAGAGGAAGUGCAGGAAAAGCAAGAGAACGGUGGGAAAGAGGACCGUAAAGGAAGAGGGAAAGGCAGGAAGAACCGGAGUCGGCGAAGUGUGGAAUCAGGCAAACCUUCUUUUAGGUGGACCAGGGUCAAGCAGACCCAGGUGCCUAAGGGCUGGUUCAAAGGUGUGUCUGACAGACUGGCUGCGGAUUAUGACUACGCUGUUCUGGAGUUGAAGAAAGACCCAAAAGUCAAACACAUGGAUCUGGGUGUUAUCCCUUCACUCAAGAAGCUCCCUGCUGGGAGGAUCCACUUUUCCGGCUUUGAUGACGACCGGCCUGGCAACCUGGUGUACCGGUUCUGUUCCGUCUCCGAGGAGUCCAAUGAUUUGUUGUACCAGUACUGCGAUGCCAAACCCGGCUCCAGCGGCUCUGGGGUCUACAUCCGCCUCAAAGAGCCGGGCAAGAAGAAGUGGAAGAGGAAGAUCAUUGGGGUUUUCUCCGGUCACCAGUGGGUGGAUGUAAAUGGGGACGGGACGCAGCAGGAUUACAACGUGGCAGUGAGGAUAACACCUCUCAAAUAUGCCCAGAUCUGCUACUGGGUCCACGGGGACUCAAGUGAGUGCCAGGUAGCCUAAGACAACACAGGAUCCCCCAUAAACCUCCACCCCUCUUCCAUCCCUCAGACCCACCUCUAUUCAAGGGACACCCUACCUACUCUCACCCCCCCACGUGUCAACACCAAGCAGAGGCCCUAUGACUGCCUCUCCUCUCCCUGCCUCCCUGUUACCUCCUGUGCCUCCCACUGACUCCUGCUACACUGAUCUACACACACACACACACACACACACACAACCUACAAACAGCCAUACAGACUCAGUGCUGACAACAACAGGAGCUCGUCAGCGCAUCAAGAGAACUGUGGCUCAUCAUCUUUUCUAAUUUAUUUGCUAAAAAAACAACUGAGAAAAAAAACCUUGUAUUGUAUGUUAUUUUGGAUCAUUCAGAUGUUUUGCUUUCUGUUUGACUUUUUCUUUUUUCAAAGAUUUGACCUUUUUGGAUACAGAGUUGGAGGGCGUGUAUAUUCCAGAUGUUUGGGAUCAAAGACCCGGUACAUUCAUGUUAUAUUCCAAUUAGGCUUUGUAUGGAGAGGAGUUCAAGUGUUCUCCAUCACUGUAAAGAGGAGCUUCAUUGGCUUUGACAAAAGACCCAGGAGAAAUUAAUCUAACUUUUGUUUUACAAAUGAACUAUAUAGAGAUAUUGAGAUAACUGUUUUUCUAAACUUUUUAAUUGAACAUGCUGGUGUUUUGCAUUGUGUAUAUCUAGAACUUUGUUUUUUUUACAACUACCUUUUUAAAAAAAGACUAUUUUUCUGUCUAAAUAGAGAAAGGGUCCUUAUGGAUCCUGAAUAGAAGGUUUUUCUGCUUUGUGAGUCUCACCAUCUUUUCUCUGUUCUUGCAACACAGUGAAAUGUGGUUUCAUUGUUGUGCACAUAAUUAUAUCGGUGCUUUUCCAGAAGACGUGGUGCUAAUUUAUGGAAUUGUAAACUUUUUUUAUUUUAUUUUUUUUGGCGGUGGGGUGGGAAGGGGCCGUUCUCAGAGCAUAUUUUGAUAGCCUAGUACUGUAACUAUGUAUUUAAUGUGAGGCUACAUAUUUGGGUUGUGUUAAGAUGGGACUGAACCAUUUAACCAUUCACUUGAGCUGUUGAGAUUUCCCUAAUUCAAAGGGUUAAAUAAGAUUACAAAGGCAAUAUUGUUAUAUAAUAACAAAUUUAAAUCUGGGAUGUGAUAUUUUUUAUUUUUCAUGUUGUUUAUGUUCCAAAAAUUCAUACAAAUAUCCUGUUGAAUACCAAAUACCUGAAAUUAAUGAUGCAGAUUGAAGACUACCAACCAUUAAACCAAGAUUACUA